AUUAUUUGUGUGUACAUGCAAAAUGAAAUGAGGUAUGCACAGUUAAUAAUGGGCCCUGCUGGCUCAGGAAAGUCAACAUAUUGCAAAUACAUGCAUGAACAUUGUGAGACUUUAAGACGGGAAGUGAAUGUCAUCAAUUUAGAUCCUGCAGCUGAAAACUUUUCAUAUCCUUUGUAUGCUGAUGUAAGAGAAUUGGUAGAUGUUAAUGAUGUGAUGGAGGCAGAAGAUUUGAAGUUAGGGCCAAAUGGAGGAUUGGUCUUUUGCAUGGAGUAUUUGAUGCAAAAUUUAGAUUGGCUAAAUGAACAAUUAGGUGAGGGUGAAGAUGACUACUUUAUUUUUGAUUGUCCUGGCCAAAUUGAGUUAUAUACUCAUAUACCUAUAAUGAGACAACUUGUUCAAUCUUUACAGCAACAUGAUUUUCGCAUAUGUGGUGUAUUUAUUGUUGAUGCACAGUUUCUUGUGGAUGCCUCAAAGUUUUUCUCUGGUGUUAUGGCAGCAUUGAGUGCUAUGAUUCAAUUAGAAAUACCUCAUAUUAAUGUUAUGUCAAAAAUGGAUCUUCUUGAUAAGGAAAGUAUAAAUAUUGUUGAAAAUUAUUUAAAUCCUGAUGCAGGUUUACUCCUUCAUGAUUUGAAUUCAGCGCUACCUAUAAAAUUUAAAAAAUUGAACAAAGCAAUUGCUUCCCUAAUAGAUGAUUAUAGCUUGGUGAGUUUUGUUCCAAUGAACAUUAAAGAAGAAGACUCAAUUAAUGAUAUACUAGCAUAUAUUGACAAUGCCAUACAAUAUGGAGAAGAUUUAGAACCAAGGAUGCCUCAAGAUGAGGAAGAUGCUGAUUCUGGAUUUGGGGUUUAGUGCAAUUGAAUCUGCUAAGUGUAUAUUUAUUUGUUCUUUUUAAACCAGAAUAAAACUUUUAUUGAUAUUA